CUCGACGUGUUGAACAUCCACCACCACACAUCUUCUUCCCCCCUUCUUCGCUCGAUCUCACGUUCCUCUCUCUUCCACUCACGUACUCCUCAUAUACGUACGCUGCAUCGCCAGCAUUCUGGCCUUGCCCCCCUCCCCUCCUCCCUCUUCCACCCCAUCCUCUGCGCAGACACAACCAUGCCUGUCGCAAAGGGCAAGCCGCGCCCCGUCCCGCUCGCCAUGCCGGCCAAUGGCGGCAACGGCGAUGCGCGCCCCCACAACGCUGGUCCGCUCACCCCCAAGACUCCCAAGACGCCACAGGACGAGGCCAUCGCCUUCUUCUCCGGCGCGCACGACGGUGCCCCCGUCCAGGUCUGGGAGCUCGUGCUCGAAGAUGACGGCGGCCCCGGUGAGGGCAAGUCAUACAUCCGCUUGCCUGCCCCAACCACGCCCUAUGUGCUUCGCUUCUCGAUCCACCCGGGCACGUCGAUUAUGCGCAAUGGAAACGGUGUGCUCAAGAGUGACUUUCCCAUGGAUGGGGGCGCGUUCAAGCGAGGCAAGUUCUCCGAGCGCAAGCUUCCCUCGGAUCUCUCAAAACCUAUCACCAUCGAUCUUCCUAUUUCAGCGCCGGGCGCGUUCUGCUAUUAUGUCGAGUAUGACGGAGCGGAUGGCGAGCGGGUCACGGGGAGACGCGGAUACUUCAACGUCGACCCCAUCAUCUCGCUGCCGGCGCGCACGCCGUUCAAUCUCGAGGGCGAUGUCCUCGCUGACACGAGCUCGGGGAAGGUCGAGAAGAAGACCAUCACGAUACCCAUUGAUGGCCUCACGAUUCUGUCGAUCAUUGCGAAGUGGCAGGGCAAGGUCAACGAGUGGGACAAGCACCUCGCCGAGGCGAGCAGGCGCGGGUACAACAUGAUCCACUACACGCCUCUGCACGUUCGAGGCGACUCGGGCAGCCCCUACUCGAUCUUCGACCAGCUCGCGUUCGACCCCACCUUGCUUAGAGACCCCAAGGCCAAGGACGGUGGCUAUGCUGAGAUCUGUGACACAAUGCGCUACGCACGCGACAAGUACGGACUUGGCGCCAUCACUGAUGUCGUGCUCAACCACACAGCCCACGACUCGGCAUGGCUCCAGGAUCACCCUGAGGCUGGGUACUCGCCACACAACACGCCGCAUCUCGCGCCCGCUGUUGUGCUUGAGGACGCAAUGUUCGAGCUCACUGACAACCUCAAGCCUCUUGGCCUCCCGACAGUCGUCAAGAGCGAGGCUGACUUGGCCACUCUGGGCAAGGGGAUUAAGGAGACCAUUGACAAGCUCAACCUGUGGCAGUACUACACCAUCGAUGUCCCAGCAUCCGUUAGGGCUAUUGGUGACACCCUCGCCGCUAGAAAGAUCAAGCCGUGGCGCGGCGAGCCGUUGACAGGGAAGACGACCGUCGAGCUUGCGAAGAUCGCAGUCGAGACCCCGGGCUUCGUCAAGAACUAUCGCGCGUACUCGGCGCCGCACUGCACUCAUGUGGACGUGGAGGAGGCUGCGGGCUUCGUGGACGCCGCCUUCCCUCACCUCGCCCACAUCCAGGCGCAAGAAUGGGGCAAGAUUCUCGACGUGAUCAACGUCGACCUCUACAAGGAGUUCAACGACGACGUGGCCGCCGCCAAGGACCAGAUCCUGGGACGCUUGCGCUUUACUCGCCUCGAAGAGGGCGGGCCUAAGCUCGGCGAGAUCAACAAGAAAAACCCCAUCAUUGAGCCGUAUUUCACCCGCAUCAAGCAGAAGAAGGGGACCAACCACCCAGCCGCUGCUCUCACGGUGGCAAACAACGGCUGGAUGUGGGCUGCCGACCCGCUCAAGAACUUCGCUGAGUACCCAUCGAAGGCAUACCUCCGCCGCGAGGUCAUCGUCUGGGGUGACUGCGUCAAGCUGCGCUAUGGCAAGGGGCCCGAGGACAACCCAUGGCUGUGGCAGCACAUGACUGACUACUGCGAGAUGCUUGCGACGACAUUUGACGGCUUCCGCCUCGACAACUGCCACUCGACCCCCCUGCACGUCGGUGUGCACAUGAUUGACGCUGGUCGCAGAAUCAACCCGAACCUCUACGUCAUGGCUGAGCUGUUCACUGGUAGCGAGGAAAUGGACCUCAAGUUCGUGCGCGAGCUGGGUCUCAACAGUCUUGUCCGUGAAGCCUACAACGGCGGAAACACGAAGGAGUUUGCCAGACUGCUCUACCGCUUCGGCGUCGGUAAGCCCAUUGGCUCCAUGGACUCCGCCGUUCUAUCGAGCCCCGGCGAGAUCAAGGGGCUUGGUGGCUCUGCCUCUCGCCCUUGCAUUGUGACGCCUCUCCCGGGCUCUCACCCACAUGCCGUGUUUUACGAUGUCACGCACGACAACGAGUCUCCAGCCGACAAGCGCACUGCCGAGGACGCUCUUUCCACGGGUGCCCUCGUCUGCUUCACCAGAGCCGCGCUCGGAUCGAAUAAGGGCUUUGACGACCUCUACCCCAAGCUUCUAAACCUGGUCACUGACACGCGCAUGUACUGCGUCUCGGGUCCCGCCGACGAGCAGGGCAUUGGGCGCGUCAAGCGCAUUCUGAACCACCUCCACACCCAGAUGAUGAUUGAAGGAUUCGAGGAGGGCCAUGUCCACGAGGAGGGCGAUUACAUCAUGGUCCACCGCGUUCACCCCACCACUCACAAGGGCUACCUGGUGGUCGCCCACACUGCCUUCCCCGGCGCCAAGGGACGCGGGUAUAUCAACCCCUUCCGACUUGCGCGCACUCAGGCCAAGUUUAUCUUUGGUGCUUCGAUCCACACUCGUCGCGAUGAGUGGAAGGAUGACCCAAAGGUUCACUACGGCAUCCCUUCGACUCUCACCGAGAUUCUCGCAGAGGACGUGACCAUGCGCGAGGGCUCCGACGAGAAUGGUCACUACACUGAGGUCGUUGUGCCAGAUUCAUUCGACCCGGGAAGCGUCAUGGUCUUCGAGACCGCGAUGAACGGCAUGUCACCAGGUCUUGAUGAGAAGUGUCGUGAGGGCGUUGAUCAAGCCUUUGCCGAUGUUGAUCUGGUCGACCUCAAUGUCCUGCUCUACCGUGCAGACGGCGAGGAGAGGGACGCAACUGGAGGGGACGGCGUGUACGACAUUCCCAACUACGGUAAACUCGUUUACUGUGGAUUCGAGGGAUGGAUGGCGCCGCUGCGUCAGAUCAUUGCUCACAACGACCUGGGACACCCGCUCUGUGAGCAUCUCCGCCAGGGCACAUGGGCGCUGGACUAUGUCCACAACCGCCUUACCAGGGAGAUUGACACUCUUCCUCGACUGGCCAAGCCCGCUGCCUGGCUCAAGGAGCGUUGGGAGGUCAUCAAGCAGACUGUGCCCUCGUUCAUGCGGCCCAAGUACUUCGCGCUCGUCAUUUACGAGGGCUACAAGGCGGCGUGCCGCGCAGUACUUGAGCAGCAGUCCGAAUUCAUCAUUUCGGGUCACGAGCUUACGAGGAACCUCGCGCUCUGUUCCGUGCAGAUGUACGGCCUCGUGAAGUCAGCGAGCAUCAAUCCCAGCAAGCCUGUCGCCAGCCUUGCCGCCGGUCUGCCGCACUUCACGGCAGGCUGGGCUCGCUGCUGGGGCCGCGACGUCUUCAUUUCCCUGCGCGGUCUUUUCCUGACCACGGGCAUGUUCGAGGCUGCGCGUGAGCACAUCCUCGCCUUCAGCACGACGCUCAAGCACGGUCUCAUUCCCAAUCUUCUCGACUCUACGCGCAACCCGCGCUACAACUCGCGCGACUCGCCUUGGUGGAUGAUUCAGAACAUCCAGGACUACACCAAGAUGGCGCCUGACGGUCUGUCAAUCCUCAAGGAAUCGAUUAAGCGCCGUUUCCCGGCUGAUGACUCCUGGGUUCCGUGGGACGACCCGAAGGCGUUCUCCUGGAGUAGCACCAUUGCUGAGGUCAUCCAGGAGAUUCUGCAGCGCCACGCCGAGGGCAUCGAGUUCCGCGAGCACAACGCCGGGCCCAACCUGGACAUGGAUAUGAGAGACGAAGGCUUCAACCAGAAGAUCUGGACCGACUGGGAGACUGGAUUCAUCUACGGCGGCAACCGCUUCAACUGCGGUACCUGGAUGGACAAGAUGGGUUCAUCGGAGAAAGCGGGCAACAAGGGCUUGCCCGCCACUCCGCGCGACGGCGCGCCGAUCGAGAUCACUGGUCUUCUGAAGUCCACACUCACCUGGCUUGACGGGCUCAGCCGCAAGGGCCAGUUCCCGUUCAAGGGGGUUGAGGCAACUGUCAAGGGGGAUAAGCGCCUGGUCACGUACAAGGAGUGGGCAGACCUCAUCCAGGCGUCGUUCGAGAAGCACUACUGGGUGCCGCUUGAUCCCGCCGAGGACAAGGACUUUGUCAUCAACUCGUCACUCGUUAACCGUCGCGGCAUGUACAAGGACGUGUACGGCACGCCCAAGGACCGCGAGUUCAGCGACUACCAGCUGCGCUGCAACUUCACGCUGCCAAUGGUGGUCGCGCCCGAGCUGUUCACGCCGCUGCGCCAGCUCGCAGCGCUGCGCCUGGCGGAUCGCACUAUCCGUGGGCCGCUCGGCAUGAAGACCCUCGACCCUAGCGACAUGCAGUACCGCCCCGACUACGACAACCAGAACGACAGCACCGACAUGAGUGUCGCUAAGGGAUGGAACUACCACCAGGGCCCCGAGUGGGGCUUCCCGCUUGGCUGGUUCCUGUCUGCUUGGCUCAUGCUAAGAUUCGGCCACGAGGACGAGGACCUGCGUGAAGAGGCUGGGUUCAAGAGUAAGGAGGAGAACCUGCACCACGUCGCGAGUGUUCUGCUCAGGCUACGCGAGCACAUUGAGAAGGACCCGUGGCGCGGUCUGCCCGAGCUGUGUAACCAUGGGGGCGCGUACUGCCGCGACUCGUGCAACACGCAGGCAUGGUCGGCGAGCACAAUCCUCGACGUGCUCGAGAUGUUGCACAAGAUUGUAAAGGGCGAGUCUAUCCGCCCAUAGAACGCAUAGGAAGUAGUAUGAAGGCUCAGGAUC